UUGAAUACCGUAUAUAUAUAGAGGAGAUAAUAUUUUUGAAAAUCGAACUCAAAUCCAAACUUAUGAAAGAUGUCAAUUAAACCACUAAGUAGAGAGACAAUCAAAUUAAUCAACAGCACUCAAGUGAUUUCAUCGAUCUACAGUGCUAUUAAAGAACUUGUUGAAAAUGCGCUUGAUGCUCAAGCUCAAAAUAUUGAAGUUAACCUUGUAGACAAUGGAUUGUCUCUUAUUGAAGUUAAAGAUAAUGGCACUGGAAUAUCAAAGAAAGAUGCACCAUACAUGGCUCUACCUGCUUAUACAUCAAAAAUUACAGAUUUUAAUGAUUUAGAUUUACUGAAGACUUAUGGAUUCCGAGGAGAAGGAUUAAAUGCUGUUUGUCAAGUAUCAGACUUAACUAUAUUAACUAAAACCGAAGAUGAUGAUCAUAUGACUAAAUAUACAUUAGAUUAUGAUGGAAAUAUUGUUAGUACUGAACCGACUCAUGGUUCAAGAGGUACUACUGUUCAUAUGAGAAAUUUAUUCAAAAAUUUUCCUGUCAGAAGAAAUUUACUUACUAAAAAGAGAAUUGAUCAAGAGAUGAAAGCAGUAGAAAUUUUAUUAAAAUCUUAUGCUAUUUGUCAGCCAUCCAUUAGAUUAACAUUCAGAAUCAAUAGUAGUACUAUUUUCACCAAGCUUAAUUGUAAAAAUGUAGUUGAAGCAUUUAAAGGGAUAGUUGGAGUGCAAACCUUCUAUAAAAUGGCUUACAUGAAAAAGUGUUUUCCUAAGACUCAAUUGCAAUUAUUUGUUCCAAAGAAAGAAAAUGACAAUGUUACAGAAAUAUCUCAAACUGGAUACCAAUUUUUGUGUGUGAAUCAUCGACCAAUAAAAUCGAAAGAAAUUCAAAAUAAAAUAAAUAAAAGGAUUUCAGAAUACUUUAGUCAAAAGACUUCAAAUUGUCGUAAAUUUAUAUUUUGUAUCAUACUCGAAGUUGAUUCAUUGAUGCUUGAUGUUAAUUUAGAACCAAACAAAGAUCAUAUACUUCUUCAAAAUGAGGCUGCAGUAAUAAAAGAAAUAGAUGAGUUGCUUCUCAAUUUAUAUGAUCUACAAGAUUCACAAUUUUCAACACUAGGUGAAAUUAGAAAUGGAGUUUCUGGUAUAAAUAUUGAGAUAAAUGAAGAGGAAAAAGAAUGGCCUGCCUGCAAAAAAAGAAAAUACGAUUCUCAAAAGGAUAAUAUCUGUAGCAAAAAUGUUUAUGCGACUAAUGAUCCAAAAUUAACGGAAGAUAAACAAUCAAGGAAAUCUGAUAAUGAAUUUCUUAAUGGAAUCAUUGAUCCUAUGUUAAGUGACUCUGAUUCUAACGAUGUAGAAAAUUUUAAUAACAAAAAGAACAAUGAAAUUGGAUUUGUGGAGAUGUCAGAAAUUGAAAGCUCUGAGCUUUUUGAUAUAGUUGAAAAUGAGGCAAUAAAAGAUGCUGUUGAAGAAACGUUAUCUCAAUUACCAAAAGUAGAUCUUGGAGAAGAUUUUGAUUGGCAAGAAAUCAUGAAUAGAAACAAAAAUUCUAAUGAUCAAGAAAAAAACUCCGAUGGUCCUGCUAAUAUAAGAAAUCAUCAAAUUGAUGAUCUUGUUUGGAGUAAAGGACAAGUGCCAGGCUUACAAGUAAAAGGUGGUGUCGUUAUUAAUGGCGCAAAUGGGAAAACGAAUAAUAAAAUAGAUUUGAGAGGAAAUAAUGAGGAAUCUGAAUCAUUUGAUUUCGGUAAAGGUACUGAAAUUAUUGAUGACGAUAUAGUGCCACCCUCAAACGACAAUGACUUAAAUUCAAUUGAAAUCAAUGAAUUCAAGUGGGAUGUUAAUUUAAAAAAAACAAGAAAAAGAACCCCUACAAAACAAAAUAAUGAUGAUACUUUAAACACAUCAUCAAGAACCUCCAACGUUAUUAAAAAAUUUCAACAUACUUUAUCUGAUCUUAAACAAACUAAGAUUCCAUUCGCUGGGGAAAAUGCAUGUCUGAAUUCUGCUCCAUCAGCAUUUGCUAUGUUUUGUGCUGAAAUAAGAUCUAAAAUUGUUCAAAAACAUCCUGAUUUAAAUCCAGCAGAGGUUGCUGCUUGUCUGAAUAAGCAAUGGAAAGAAAUAUCUUCAGAGGAACGUGAAUAUUAUCAAGAUCUUGCAAAUCAGCAUAUUAAAAGUAAGUCUGAUGUAUCCUUAACUCAGUCAUCAAAGAAAUCAAAAUAUCAGGUAUCAGAAGCUAGAAAAGAAAAGAAUAAGAAGCACUUUGUCAGUGUACUGGAAAAUAUGAAAACAAACAAAUCUGAAGUUAAAACUGGAAGCAUGAUCAUGAGGACUUCUAAAUCUUGGGAUAUUGACUUAUCUUUUGUUACUCAAAAGUUUAGAACCAGACUUUCAAACAAAGUCACACAAUCAAUAGUUGGGCCAUUGAACACAUCAACUUGGAUAUUAAAUUUGAAUUUACAGCUUCUGGUAUUUAAUAUUUUUGAACUUCAUACUCAACUUAACAUUGAAGGAUUUGAUAUAAGUCAGAUCGAUCGAGAUUACGUACAAAGUAUUGUAAAUCAAUGGUUUCAUGAAAAAAAAGAUAUGAGCAUUUUUCAUCCGUUCCAUGCAAUCACAAUGAUUAAAGUAAGCGGAUUUAUAUUUAAUUAUAAAAGCAAUCGCUGUACGUGAUGUCACUUUUGCGAAGAGCACAGCAAUGGGGUACAUUUACUCAAAUGUGGCAUAUCUAUGAUGCAAAAUGGCAAGAUCCAUACGAUAGCGCAAAACUGAUAGCUCAUUACCUCAAAGGAUUGUACAAACCCAUAUAUCAUACUAUGA